AUGAAGUUGUUUGGAGAAGAAGUUGCAGAAGGCGUCAAUUACAUGAGUGAAAUUAUUGAAGACAAUGACAUAGUUGCAAUAUUUACGGUAUCAAAACGUGAAAGUGGAACAAGGACCUGCAAUGUAGAGUUCAAUUGUCACAACCAAACUUUUGUUUGUACUUGCCACAUGUAUGAGAGGCUGGGCAUUAUUUGUAGGCAUGGGAUUAGGGUCUUGAAUAAUAUUUUUGAAAUCCCAUCGCAUUAUAUAAUGAAGAGGCGGACAAAAGAUGUGAUGAUAGGUGUUGUACUUGAUGCCAAUGGGAAACAAAUUCAAGGCACCUCUAAUCUACCCCGUUCAAUUCGUUUUAAUGAGGCUUGUCAAGUCACUAGAGAACUAGCAGAGCAUGCUUCAGAAAGUAUAGAACUCCAUGCAUUUAUAAGGUCUGAACUAUUAAGUACACUUUCAAAGGUAGAGGCCAAGAUUGGGGGUGUGGUAUUACCAUAUGGUGCUUUUAAGACCCUUUGUAACAGUCAUAAUGAGAAUAUGAUUGCCAACGGAGCUGAGGUUGAGGGACAUGCAUACUAUAACAUCCUUGAGCCCCCUUGGCCACGAACAAAGGGGAGACCUACCAAUGCUAGAUAUGUAUGUCAGGCUGAGAUAGAGGCAGAGAAAGCGAAAGCGAGACUGAAGGAAGUAACCCGAAAGGAAGUUACCCGAAAUUGCGCAGUUUGCAAAGGGAGUGGAGAUGACAAAACGAAUUGUCCAUCUCUCGCACGUUCAAAGUUAAAUGUAAAUAUCAAAUGCACUGAUGGGUCAUGUAAAACUUAUUUCUUAUUCUUAUGUGGAUGCAACGGUGCUGUUCUUUUGAAUCAAAAGUUGACAGGAUUAGCCAG